ACUCGUUUCCCUGUGGGUCCUCCUCUUCUUAGUGCUCAUCAUGACAGACAUUAGAAAAAAAGGAAACUAGUCACUUUUUUCUUACUGCCCACUGUCGCCAACACAUUCAUGGAACUUUGCUCAAAUCUGUAUUUAUUUUGCUCUGAUUGGGGUGGAGAAGAAUAAUUUAGUUAUAGCAAGGAUCUGUAACGUAGCUCUGAGAAGUCUCAAAAGAUUUAGAUGAUGUUUAUUAGAAUUAUAAUUCUUCUUACGGUCACCUUACUUUCAGAUCCCCUGUUCUGCAAGACAAAUGCAGAGGAUGGACAGAUGUACAUUGUUUACAUGGGGAGCUCUGAGAAUGGCCGAGAAAGAGAAUCCAUAGUAGCUAGCCAUGUGGAACUGCUAUCUUCUGUCCUGGGAAGUGAGGACGAUGCACAGUUGUCGCUUGUUUAUAGCUAUACCCAUGCUUUCACAGGAUUCUCUGCAGUUAUGUCCAAGGAGGUAGCUGCUGCCAUGUCUGGGAAACCUGGAGUAGUAUCCGUGUUCCCUGAUCCAGUCUUUGAGCUCCACACAACCCACUCAUGGGACUUCCUGCAGACUCAGUCUGGCGUAUCCGCGCCCUCUUAUACUGUUUCUGGUGAUACCAUCAUCGGCAUGCUUGAUACAGGCAUAUGGCCUGAAUCGGAGAGUUUCAGCGAUGGCGGGAUAGGACCAGUUCCAUCUCGGUGGAAGGGCGAAUGCAUGGGAGGACAGGAUUUUACAUGCAAUAGGAAAAUUAUAGGCGCACGCUUCUACAAGGGGGGUCGCUCCGCCCGGGAUUCCCAAGGCCAUGGAACUCACACGGCGUCGACAGCAGGAGGGUCCCUUGUCGACCACGCUAAUUAUUACGGCCUUGCUGCCGGAACUGCAAAAGGCGGAUCCCCCUCCUCCAGAAUUGCAGUUUAUAAAGUGUGCUCUGAGGAAGGAUGCCUCGGCUCUGACAUUCUUGCCGGGCUAGACGACGCCAUUAAUGAUGGAGUCGACGUUAUAUCUGUUUCACUCGGAUCCGCUUCGGUCUUCCAAUUGGAUUUCCCCAACGAUCCCAUCGCCAUAGGAGCAUUCCACGCUGCUCAGAAAGGAAUUCUGGUGGUCUGUUCCGCAGGAAAUGAUGGCCCUGAUUCAUACUCCAUCGUUAAUACUGCUCCCUGGAUUUUGACAGUGGCUGCAACUACUAUUGAUAGAGAUUUUCAAUCCGACAUAGUUUUGGGAAAUGGGAAAGUAUUCAAAGGGGAAGCUAUCAAUUUUUCCAAUCUUAGCCGCUCCGCCUUGUAUCCUCUUGUCUUUGGAGGAGAUAUUGCUUCCAAUGUGAGCUCCAGUGAUGAUGCAAGCAAUUGUUACCCUGGAUCUCUGGACCCAGAAAAGGCCAAGGGUAAGAUUGUAGUAUGUUCAGAUGGGUACACUAUCUCUAAACGAAUGAAGAAAGCUGCAGUGCAAAGCUCACAAGGCAGAGGAAUGAUUGUGGUGGACGAUUUGGGAAGAUCUGUGGCUUCAAACUACGGCACAUUUCCUUCAUCUGCGGUCAGUAGUGAAGAUGGAGACGAGAUUCUCUCUUACAUAAAAUUAACAAGCAAUCCAGUAGCAACAAUUCUUAGAACUGUUGCAGUCACAAACUAUAAACCUGCCCCCAAGGUUGCAUAUUUUUCUUCGAGAGGUCCUGGUCCACUUACUGAGAACAUACUCAAGCCAGAUAUCAGUGCACCCGGUGUGAACAUACUUGCAGCUUGGGUUCCAAACAACCAGUCUGCUGACGUUCCCAGUGGUACAAAGCCCGCCUAUUAUGUAUUUGAAUCGGGAACAUCCAUGUCCUGUCCUCAUGUCAGCGGCACAGUUGCUUUUCUCAAAUCUGUCCACCCUUCAUGGAGCGUCGCUGCCAUUAGGUCUGCCCUCAUCACUACAGCCACGAGUGUGAACAACGAGGGGAAGGCGAUGACGAACGAUUCAAACAUCGUUGCUUCUCCAUUGGAUUUCGGAGCGGGAGAAAUGAGCCCCGUUAGAGCACUGAAUCCGGGACUGGUGUACGAGACGAGCGGUGAAGACUACGUUCUGUUUCUGUGCUAUUUGGGGUACAAGCCAUCAGAUAUCAGCGCAAUGGCUGGCAGCAGCUAUAAUGGGUCGUUGUCAAAGUGCCCGGCGGAGCCACGGCCGGAAAUGGUGAGCAACAUCAAUUAUCCGACCAUCGCCAUUGCCAAUCUGAGCUCCACGUCAUCGGUGAGCAUCAGCAGGACAGUCACGAACGUGGGAUCCAACUCAGACGCCGUCUACAUGGUCACCGUGGAUUCUCCACGUGGAUUAGACGUGAAAGUGUCGCCUAACAAACUUGUUUUCUCGCCCACAUCCACCAAAGUCACUUUCCACGUCGUUUUCACUGCCACGCAGGCGGCCACAAAGGGUUAUGCCUUCGGCUCCAUCACGUGGGAAGAUGGGGCCCACACUGUCCGGACUCCCUUUGCUGUCAAUGUCUCGUAAAAGAGAGAGUUCACAAGGUCAAGACUGCUUGUUGCCCUUUUCUCUCUCCAUCUUCUCAAUCACUUUCCUAGUCUUUUGUUCAUCAAUUUAGAUUUAAGUAUUUUGGUCCAA